CAUUGAUAAGAAUGUUUAAUUCGAAUAUCUUCGAGGUGAAAAUGUAUUUGCUUAACGUAUUAAUGAAAAUAGGGAUAAUAACUCUGGUGAAUGUUUACAGCCGAGCCAGAUAUGAAAAUAUAUACAAAAUAAAAGAAUACAAAACGAUAAAGGUAGAAUAUUUUCCACUUGGCAACGGGGAAAUCUUUGUUGUUUUCCCUACGCCGUUAUUGAAAAAAAAGGAAUUUCGAGUCAGUAGAAACUCUACCAUCUUUUCGGCUGCGACGAAAGUCUACCUGUGCAAAGGGAGGAAAAUACAAAAGUCUCACCUGAAAAACUUUCACAGAUUGUUCUUUGUAGAAGUAUACGAUUUGAAAAAAGUUGAAUACAAAUUUGUACGGCGCAAUAGAAAUUUCAUCUGCAACGAAGUAACGAAUGAUACCGAAUCAGGAAGAACCGAUUGCAAUCACGCAAAACUGAUGGAAAAUAUAUUAAAUGUCAAGAAUACUAAAAGCAAUAGAAGAAGUUGUUCCUUAGAACUCUUGGCUGACUACACGUAUCUUACAAGAAUGGGUUCUGACAGCACCAGAGUAGUGGCACAGAUGAUGUUCUACGUCAUGAACGCAAAUUACGUCUUUAAAAAUUUAGACAUAGACCAAGAUGGAAUUCCUGAUAAUAUAGGGUUUAAUGUGGAAAAAGUUACAGUUUUCGGAGAUGAAAACAGUCCUAACUAUCCUUUUCGGCCAAAUACAAGCUACACUCAUACGACGUAUUUAGAUCAUUUAACUCGAUAUUCUCAUCCCUAUUGCAUGCUGAUCUGCUUUUGUCAUAGGGAUUUCGGGACCGAAUCGACGUAUUCGGUUGGAAAAGUGAGAAAGAGAGGAGGAAUAUGUUCCCAUGUAGGGCCUGAAGAUGCCAAGAUAAUGAAUAAUGUGGGUUUCGUUACGGAUAUAGAACAUGGAUUUCUAUUGCCAAAAGUUGAAGUAGCCGCCAAUGUACUUCACCAAUUAGGACACGCAUUUGGUUGCCCGCACGAUCCUGAAAAUUGUAAACUAAAUGAUACCAACAUCAUGCAUCCCGACAUUCCCCUUUGGGCAACUUCGAGCAAUUUGAAAUUUUCUCCAUAUUGCAAGAGAAAAAUCCGACAAUACUUACAAAGUAAAGAAAUAGAUUUCUGCCUGAAGACACUGCAAAGAUCAGUGUGUGGAAACGGAAUUGUGGAGGAAGGGGAAUCCUGCGAUUGCGAUGAUUCUACCGGUCAAUGUGACAUAGAGAAGACGUGCUGUACGUCUAGAAACUCUCCAUUACCAUGCACGAUUCAAGAAGAAAAGGACUGUUCUCCCGCUACAGACGAAUGUUGCGAUUUGAAUUGCAGAAUGAAUACGCGUGGAGGCGUAAAGUGUUUCAGCAACGUACCGUGUUACAACACUUCCAAUGUAUGUAGUAUAAAGUCGCCAUUUUGUCCGUUGACACUGGAGCCAGACCAAACACCUUGUUUAGGAACAGCCAAAACUUGUCGUUCCGGAAAAUGCAUCAGCAACGUCUGCGAAGACAAUAAGCUAAAAAGUUGCGAUUGUUUGCCUCUAAAAUGGGAAUGUCACGUUUGUUGCGAAAGUAAACCUAAAAUCUGUCAAAGUGCCGAGUCGCUCGGUUACGUUCCGUCCAAUCAUCAAGUAUACGUAAAAGCAGACGGAUCGCAUUGCGAUAAGAAUUUUGGAAUUUGCACGAGUGACGGGUACUGCGCUUCGAAGAAAAGUUACAGUUUAUGGUACUAUAUGUCACCAUUGCCUUUCAUUGUACUAAUAAUUGUAGCUUUGCUAUAUCUUCCCGGAAAAUCGAAACCGAAGGACACCGAAGACGUUCUAACGACAAUACAAAAGAAAAAGGUAGUCAAAUCGCAACAGAAAUCUAAAGAAGAAAAGCGAUCGCCAAUUGAAAACAUCAAACAGCGAAUGUCUUCCUUGGGCUUAAAGUCCAAAGGAGGUGCACAAUUACCUACACAAGACGAAGAAGAAACUCAAUCGCCUACUCGAGUCAAGAAGAGGACAAAAUUGCCCAUUAGAGUCAUGCAAAAGAAGACACCAGUGAAGAGCAUCGAGCAAGAAAUUCAGGGCGAACAAUCCUUAGACCAAAGCCAAGUCCAACAAGAAGAUCAAUCGACUGAUCGAGCAAAUCGAGCCAAGAAAACGAAAGUAAUUGUCAAGAAAAAGAGGAAACCGACGUCAUCAGAUGAUAAAAAUUGAAUUAUAAUCACUUUAAUUCGGUCAUAUUCUAGCAUUGUGAUCAAUUUUAAUUUCUGUAAUUAGAAAUAAAUAAUUUUAUAUGUCAUGGAAAUUUAAUCGUGUUUGUUUUUGUUCAUCUCACACAACUAUAAAUUCUUGUAUGAACAAUAUAUAAUAAUUUCUAUGUUAUUGGGCUGUAAUCUGAAAAAUAUGUAGACCUAUAAAGGCUUAUUGUCAUUCGUCUGUCCGUCUUUCCUCAAUCUCGA